GCGAAAAUGUUAUUUCCAUUAAUAUUGCGUGUGGUCACUCCCCGACAAACAAAUCAGCUGCUGUAGAAACAAUAAACUCAAUAUACAAAUCAAUUUUGAGCAAAAUGACGGAGUACUGGAAAUCAAAUGAGCGCAAGUAUUGUGACUUCUGCAAGUGCUGGCUAAGCGACAACAAAGCCAGCAUCGCCUUUCAUGAGAGUGGUAAACGACAUAAGUUAAAUGUGGCGAAACGAAUCACGGACAUCAGUCGCAGUAGCGAGAAGGCGGAGCGCGAAAAACAAAAAAUGAAUAUGGAGAUACGCAAAAUGGAGGAGGCGGCCAUGAAGUCUUAUGCACAAGAUAUUCACGGACAUCAUGGCGAUAUGACAGCGCGUUCCAUCCACACAGUGCUCGGGGCCAACGCAGCUGCAUCAUCGAGUGGCAGCAGCAAAUUAAGCUACGGUAAACCGCGGCAAGUGGACCCAAUGCGAUUGGAAGGCGAUUCGGACGAGGAGGAGGAUUCAAGGCGUGUGAAUGUGGAUAAAGUUGGCUCCGAGGCUGUGCCAGAUGCAUCGCUCUGGGUAGAAGGCAAGUCCGAUGAGGGGCACACUUAUUAUUGGAAUGUGAAGACCAAUGAAUCCGUCUGGGAACCACCCAAGGAGGGCUUUCUAUCUUACGAGGAGUAUGAGCGCAUCAAUCAGCUGGCCAUCAAUCAGCAGGAAAUCACACAGGCUGAGGAAUCACUGCGGUUUCGCGCCAAUGUCGAUGAAGAAGUCGCUCGCUUCAAUCGAGAACGCCAUGCGCAGUUAUAUCGUAAGCCCGAGAGUUCCAAAGAAAAGAAGCAAAAGGAAGAGAAGCGUUUAGAGUUUAAAACGGAAGAGGAGGCGGCUACCAAAGAGAUUGGCCAGUGGCAGGUGGUCGAAACCAAGCCGGCAGCAGCGCCCAUCGAUUGGGAGUUGCCCCAAACCGAUUAUUAUGUUGCGGCGCCGGUUGUCUCUGCACUGCCAGACUCGGAGCCACCUGUAAAGCGUUUUAAGGAGAAAACGAUAACGACAUUGGAUGCAGGAGCCUCCUCAUCCAGUGGAUCUUCCACUUUUAAGAAGCGCAAAUUUGCUAAUAAAGGCAAUGCACGCAAACCUUUAGACGAUUAGCAUAAGAUGUAAACUAGUUUUAGGAUUAAGUAAAAAAUCAUUAACAUUUCAAA